GGUCCUCGUGACUCUGACGUCCCCGCUAACACUUCACACCAUUUUCUCUCAAAACUACUUUCUUCUCCCCUUAAAAUGAGCUGUUUGAGCUCUCUGUGCUGCUGUCUUCAAGGUCUGUCCUCGGAGGAAGAGAGACAGCCUAUACUUGGUGCACCAGAGUCUGCAAGAAUAUCUCAUUCACCUACUAAUGAUUCCCAGUACAGAAGUGGCAGGGUUAUUGUCCGGCACGUUGGUGUGACAGAUCUGGAUCAGCGCUUCUCUGACUUUGCAGAAAUGUUCAACAAGCAGCAGGAACACUAUGAGUGUAUGCAGGAAAAGCGGAAAACUCUGAUGUACCGCUAUCGCUGUGCCCCUGACAGCAGCCUGACCGAGUGCCUCCAGAAGAUUAAGGAUGAACAUGACGACCACCAGAUCAGCAUGCAGAUGAAAGGCUAUGACUUCAGCUUGGCCGUAACACCAGACGAUCUGGUGCCUGACAAGCUGAAGCGAACGCAGGAGAACAUCAAAGAGCUGUGUCAAGCCGUCAAAGCCAUCGUGGCAGCUGGAACCAAGCUUGAGGAAAUGAUCAAUUGGCUGUUGAAAUCAGAAAAGAGCCUGACUCAGCAGGUGAAUACAGAAGCUAAGACGCACCAGGAGUGUAAACGACUCGGAGGAAACUUGAGGGAGAAUCUGCGUGAGGCAUCGAGAGCUAAAGAGCUCAGUCCUUGCUACAGGGAAGAGGCCGGAAAACUUUUCAACGAGGUAGCCCUGCUGUCUGGGGUCAAUCCAUGAAUCACUUUCUCGGUAGGAAAGACAAUACAGGAUACAAUAAGAAUGAGUGAAGGAUGAUUUAGGGAAUAUACUGACCGUUGUAACUCCAGAAUCUACUGUAUAUAAGCAACACUUAUUUCUAAAGCACUAUAUUUAAUAAAGGAUAAAUUAUAGAAUAGAUAAAGGGUUACAGUCACAGAAAUAUAAAUGUAUAUUUGUGAAACUAGACGAAAAUGAAUUUGGAAGGAUAAAUUUGUUAGAAUAUAGAUAAAAGUGCGUUGCUUUUAUACCAAGUUGCUGUUAAAUUCUUGAACAUAAUCGGUCAGAAGGUGUUGAUUAAUUUUCUAUAGGCAAAUCACAGGUUUAUAGUAAUGUAUGUUUAUAUUAAUGUAUUUAUGGAAUGUUAAAUAUGAAAGAUAUUAAAUAUCGUGAUUUUGAUUAACACAGUAAACCCUAUUAAAAACACAAUUUUUAUAUGCAUAUGUGUUAUUCAAAUAUGGUAGAGAAGUGUGGAGAAGGUAGGCUUGUGAUAUUAAAAGAAAGAAAUUAAAUGUAUUUGAGGUGCAUGGAUGACAGUCUUUGUAUACUUCUAGGAUGAUUUGUGUUCUGUAUGUAAUAUCCUUUUUUGGAAACAAAUCUGUGUUACACUGUUUUGGCUUCCAGCUGGUCUCUGUUUCUAAUAUUAGCUAGCUUUCUUUAAGUUCUAAACAUGCUUUUAUAAUAUAUAUUGUACAUUUUUAGCAGGAACAACAACUGAGGGUUUUUCAGAGAAAUAAAUCAUAAGCUGGGAAAAGUAAUCAGUUCAUAUCUGUAAUAGACCUGUGUACAAAACAAACAUAUUACGUAUAUGAUUAACUGUAUAUAUCGAUGAUCAUCUAUUUACUAUUGAAUGAAGUAUUGAUAUGUUUUAUAUUAUUAAGAUAUCUAUAAAUAUAACUAUAAAGCAAA